AUGAAACGAUUGAGACGCCAAACUGUCUGUGCUGACCAAAGUUCGAGCAGUUCUGAAGAUGAAGAUCUUUCCAUAUUUUCCCAGGGUUUUGAUUCCGAAGAUGAAUCUUUGAACGAGGAAAACCAGAUGAAUCAGCACGACAGCUCCUCCGAGAUGAACAUGAAUCAAAAUGGUAAAAAGAGAAAAGUAUCAUCAUCAGAUACUACUCCAAUUGUUGUAGAUAUAUUCUCGCAAUUAACAAGUGAUAUCUUUGAACAUGAAAUUUUCCAGCAUUUCUCGCUACAAUUUAUUCUCAACUUACGACAUGUUUCAAAACUCGCAAAUCAAUUGGUCUUGGCCUAUGUGUCAUCACCAGAAUUUUCAAUUUUCUUUUAUCCAAGUUUGCAUGCAGAAAAGACGCAUGAUUUAAUCAAUGCAGCAAAUAUUUGCCUGUCCAAAGUUCCAGAACAUUCCCCAAAAGAAUACUUGUCGUUGUUUGCUAAUGCAAGGCGGAUUUUUUGUAAUGAUGGGCAAGGCCUUUUAUAUCACUUGAGAGAUGUCAACUUUUCUAGAUUGGAAGCAUUAUAUUUUCAUGCUUGUUCAUUGGAUUUUACGAGCGUGAAAUAUAUACUCAAAGGAAGUCUCUCGAAUGUCAAAUUUAUUUGUUUUCACCGUAAUCGAUUGGGAGAUGAUGGAGCUCGAGUAAUCGUGGAAAAAUUAGGUCAAAAAUUGGCUGGUCUGGCAAUCACUAGCGACAUUCUCACAGAUGGUGCCACAGAGUUUAUGACCUCCUCAUCUUUGCCUUCCUUGACCUAUUUAAAUGUAAGCUCGAAUACCAUUUCUGAGAAAGGAUUUCAACAAUUACUGAACAUCUCUUCUCUCAAGGCUCUAUCAAUCGCCUUUAAUAAGAUGAACGGGAAGGAAGUUUCUAAAGGACUUUGCAAGUUGAAAUAUUUGAAUAUUGCUGGAAAUGAUUUCGAUUCAGAAUCGUUUAAUGUUUCUUCAAAACUCACCAUUUUCUCUGGCGAGCAAGAUAAGAUCUAUGAUUUGGAUAAGCUUGAUAUUCCUUUUCUUUAUCUGCUGAAACUCAAAAUUUCAUAUAGUUGGUUAGACAAAGCAAAUAUUUAUUAUGAACAAUUUACGAGAUGUAUCAAGUUAAAUAUGUUGACUGAGGCUGAUUACUUUAAACAACAAGCAAUCAAAUAUUUGGCUGUUCGGAAUACUCUUAAAUCACAAUAUUUGAUUGGUAAAAUGCACGUUUUAACAAAAGACUACAUUGAGGCCCUUGAAGCCUUUAACUGUUCGUACAGCGGUGCUAAUUACGAAGUUGCAGAAAUAUACUUUCAUGGAAAAGGCAUCAAUAGGGACUAUGAAAAGGCGUUACGUCAUUAUUUAGAUUAUUUAGAAGGUGAUGUACAAACCCGACUUCCAACAAAGUAUCAAAUUGGAUAUUGUUACUACAAGCUGGAAAGACCGAAAAAAGCAAAAAGUUAUUUACAAAAAUCAAAAGACAACAAAAGACACAAAGUACUUGGAAAAAUUUAUUAUCAUGAAAAAGAAUUCCAAUUGGCCUAUUCACAUCUUGAGAAGUGUGAAAACGAGGGAGCAGCUGCACAUCUUCUUUCCAAAAUGUACGAAAAGGGAAGGGGUGUUCAUGUGUCGUUGGAAAAAGCAUAUCGUUAUCUCAUGAUUGGAGCAGAGUUGAAGCAUCCUAAAUCCUUGUAUCGAUUAGGAAAAUGGUAUGAGCUCGGAAUGAGCCCAUUCGUUGAGAAAGACAUUCAUAAGGCCAUACAUUUUUAUGAUUUAUCGAAAUUUUCUAAAGCUCGCUGUCGAUUGGGAAUGCUUUACUAUCAUGGAGAGCAUGGAAUUGAGAUAAACCUCAAUCAAGCCAAGCACUAUUUCACACAAUUACCGGAUGAUUUUCGCAAUCAGGACGCAUGGUUUUGUCUUGGAAGAAUAUUUGAAGCUGAAAAUGACAGCACAAGCGCUUAUUUUCCCUAUGAAAGAGCAGCUGCACUUGGUCACAAAUUAGCCAAGAAAAUAACAGGUGAAAUGGAUUACUACAAUGGAGGAUACAAACGUGCUCUCUAUUAUUUAACUGAAUAUUUGAAUGAAGCCGAAUUUUGUGAAAGUGUUGCUCUCAAGAUUGCUCGAAUUUAUAAUCACCACCGUGACAAAUGGAAGAAGAGCAUGAAAUUUUAUCAAUUGGUUGAUCAUUUACCAGAGGCACAAGCAGAGAUCGGUGUGUACUACUCACAGGUAGAUCAUGAUGAUAAUGAUGAACCUAUACCUUACUCACAAGAGACGAUUAUGAAUUUUCUAGAGACAGCUGCUGAGAAUGGAUAUUCACAAGCUCAGUUAUGUCUUUCUCAACAAUAUUUUGCAGAAAAUAAUUACAAGAAAUCAUUAUUUUGGAUGAAGAGAGCAUUUGAAUCAGGUGCCACCUCUCGAUUACAAUUAUUUACUCAAUGCAUGGAGAUGGGUAAUAUUGAAGAGGCUCUUUAUCAAUUGCCAUUCAUUCCUAAACAUUCUCUCUCAUAUAACCAAAAGGAAUCCAUUACCACUCACUUGUAUAAUACUCAACAAUUCAAUGUUCUAAUGGAUUGGAUGCACUCGUUACCCAACAGCGACGAAAUCAUCAACCGAAAGGUUUCUCUCAUGUUUGUUAAGGGAGAAGGCGUACCAAAAGAUUUGAUGAGAGUCAUUGAUAUUUUACUUUUCACAGCAACCAAUGAAAGCGCAUAUUCAGAUCUUUGUACACAUUUGAGAAAUAACUUGAAAGAACAUGCUGUGGAUGAAUCCUCCAUCGAAUAUGCACUGUUAAAAAUUACUGAAUUGCCAACAGCACAAGUUUCAGUGGAUCGUAUUCCAUUUCUAUUCAUGAAAGUAUUGUAUCAACACAAUUUUUCAGAAUUUGCAUUGAAAUUACUCGAAACAAAAAUGCAAACUAUCAAAAAACGAGUGCUUAAACAUUUGAUUCAUAACGACCCAUUAAUGGCCAUUCAUGAAUUGAUAGGACCAAUCACACGUGGCCGUUUGAAUUAUUCUUUAAAAACAACUCUCGAUCGUUUUGAGGAUUUGUGUGCUAGUGAUGAAAUACUGAACCUUUUUUUUAAACGUCAUCACAUGGUUACAGAUAGAGGUCUUCCAAUAGAUAAGGUGGUUUAUGACAUGUUUAAAGAUGCUGGAAAGGAAGAGACAGGUAUUAAUUAUUUGGAUCGAAUUGCAUCUACUGGAAAUUCCUUUAAAAAGCAUGAUAUUGCUCUCAUUUACGAAUGUCAUUUGAAUAACUCUUCAAAAGCAUUACAUUGGUAUGAACAAUCAGGAUUGCCUCAAUCCAUGUUUAAGGUGGCUGAGAUGUAUCGAGUUGGAGCAAAACAUGUGGACAAGGAUGUGAAAAAAUCAAUCGAGAUUCUAGAGCACAUGAUUGAUCAAUUCGCAGUUACACAACAAAACGACAAUACUAAUUGA